UAAUGCACAUUUGCACAAAGGAAGAAAGACAACAAGUGCUACUGACUACUGAGAGUGAGAAUUAUUUGCACAAGGUUGGUAAUGGAGGCUUCUUGGCUGCAGGAAUUAUUGGAGACCCCUGUUUUCUCUGAAUCUGAGAUUGCAGAGAUGGAGAAUUUAUUCAGGCAAGUAACAAAAGAGGCAUUGACUCAAGAGUUCUGUCAAGAUCUUGCAACAAGUUUUAGUUCCUCCACUUGCCGUAUUGGAAAGCCAACCAUAAUUUGGCAACAGGUGCACAGAUGGUUCCAAGAUAAACAAAGCGAUCCAUCCGCUUCUACAAAUACGUUUAUGAAAAGAAAAGCGCCUGAGUCUUCAAUGAUACUUAAAGGUGGAACAGCUUCAGAAAUUUCAGAGUUGGCUUUUGAGGCUAAGUCUUCAAGGGAUAAUGCAUGGUAUGAUGUUGCUACGUUUCUCAAUUACAGAGUUCUAUCUACUGGGGACCUUCUAAAUAAUAAUAAGCUGGAAAAGGCAAGAAAAUAUAUGAUCCGACUCUGCUUCCAUGGUGCGCUGGCUUGGGCUUCAUUGUUCCACAAAGGGAUUUGUUUGAUUGAUGAGGAAGUACGUGUAAGAUUUGCUGGUUUUGGGAUCUCCCACGAUGAAUGGGCGAACGUACAAAAUAGAGUACGUGAACGAUCAAUCCCUCUAGAACCUUCAGAGUGCCAUAAGAUUAAGGUUGGCGAUCUUGUGCUGUGCUACCAGGAAAGACCGGAUUAUGCUGUAUAUGUUGACGCACAUGUGAUGGAAAUCCAACGGAUGUUGCAUGAUAUAAAGGGUUGUCGAUGCAUCUUUGUGGUUCGAUUUGAUGAUGAUAAGAUUGAGGAAAAGAUCCAGCUGAACAAGAUAUGUUGCAGGCCAAAUAAAAGUCUGCAGUGAGAUUGGCUGUUGCAGAAACUAGAUAAUUAGAACCGAGACCUCAGGCGUUCGCUCCGUGUAACAAUAGUGGCAGGUGAAUGAACAAGUAACACCAUUUGUUGUAUUAAUGUAGAAUUGCUACCUUUUAAGACAUAACCAGAUUGUAAAACAAGUUUCAUGCUCUUGUAAUCUUAUUAUAUGGUGAAUGAAGAAGUGUAACAGAUGCUUUUAAUCUUUCAAUGUUGAUCUUGUCUUUCAAAGUCA